GAAUGCUGUAAAACGUUGGCUACCAGCCAUACAUACACUUCAGUUUGCGUAAGCCAAAAACGUAUUGAUAGACGCUUCCUUAACGUUCCGCAAUCCGCUAUUUCUGCAUUUGUCUGCGAAACUGUGUUUCAGGAUCACUUCCUUCGGUCGACAUUACAAUUUUUUGCCAUCCUUGAAAACUGUUUGGAAAUUAUAAUUAUUUUGCCGGCGUUCUUUGCGUUAUAAUCGUGUACGUGCGAUAUUACUUAAACGCGGCACGGUAUGAUCAUAUGCACUCACUGCUAUCGGCUAUAUUUAUCGUGACGGCUACGGUUGAACGUUCAGAAUUUGCACUUUGCCAGCUCGUUUACUACGUCCAAUUCAGGUUUAUCAAUGGAUGUGUGUGAGUGAACUCGGAUGGUGUCAACAAUACCCUGAUCAGCCUGAUGCAUUAUUUUCUAUGCCGCUGUACAAGCGCGAUUUUAUGGAUAACCAACUGUAAAGCUUCUAUGCUGUUGUGAUCAGCGUCUGACGCCGUUUCAUGACGAUUGAACUGUCGCACGGUUUCUUGUAUCUUUAUUCAGUGCAUGAUGCUGCCAGAAGUCGGAAAAAAACACACAUCUCCUGCAGCGCACAGUACACAGAUACCGACUGACCGUCGACCAGUGCAGCCGGGUAUGUCACGCUUCCAGCCAUCGGGCGGCGUCUCUCCCCAUCAUAUGCGCUACAAUGGUGUCCCCUUGAUAUCCUAUUCCGUGCAUAAGAAGAAACGCCGUCCACCAACCGGUGGUUCCGGUCAUAAGUCGGGAUCCCAUUCACACAAACACGCACAUCCCAAUCUCUGGGAUGACUAUUAUCGGUGUUUGGAAUAUGUGGGUGAACCACUUAUGCUGAUUCCGAAGUCCAGCGGCGGCGGCGCACGGAUUCCGCAUGGAUUUUAUUAUGCUGUACCGGCGUAUGCGUCAUAUCCGGCCGUGCUGAACUAUCCCGGUGAAUAUUUUCAUGGAAUUACUCAGCAUCAACCCGCCGGUCCAGUACACCCGCCACAUCAUCGUGACUCAUUUUCCAGCUGCUCCUCCUCGUCGGAUACGGCGAGCAGUGGAUCAUCUUCACCUGUACAUUUCUCCUACUGGGAUUCUGCUAAUGCUGUGCAAGACACCAAUAUUCAAACGAAUAGUCCGCGACGGGAAUGGAUAUACAAAUCACAAGAGAAUAUUGUGCCGGAAAUAAGUCUUGGUGUGACCUUGCGGGUCAUGAGCUACAACAUUCUGGCGGAUCAGUACGCAUCCAAAAAAAUGUACUCAUAUUGCCCGGCCUGGGCCCUGGCAUGGAGUUACCGGAAAGAAAAAAUUCGAGAGGACAUUGAACUGCACGCACCUGAUGUCGCUUGCCUUCAGGAAGUGGCUAUGGGAGAAUUCUAUCAAUAUUUUCUCGACACUCUACGGAUGCAAGGCUACAAUGGCAUUUUUUCACCUAAAUCGCGUGCCAACACCAUGGACACAAAGAAUCGUCAGAGUGUUGAUGGAUGUGCUGUUAUUUUUCGCAAUGAUCGCUUUGAACUGGUUCAUCAGCACCUGGUCGAAUUCAAUCAGCUGGCCAUCAAAAAUGUUCAGUUAUCCAAGAACGCCGACGGAUCAGAUGAUAUGAUCAACCGUGUUAUGACGAAGGAUAACAUUGCCCUUUGUGCCCUGUUACGCGUCACCGAAGCAGCAGUUCCCAGCUAUAUUCUCGUGGUCAACGCCCAUAUUCACUGGGACCCGGAGUGCUGUGACGUCAAACUGAUACAAACUAUGCUGCUCAUGUGUGAAGUGGAGAAGUUGUUGCGUCAAAUGAAAAGCGAUUUUAAUGUGGAAAAUAUUCCAAUGAUCUUUUGCGGAGAUCUUAAUUCUUUGCCUGACUCAGGAGUAAUUGAAUUUUUGGAGAAUGGUCGAAUUUCUGUAGACCAUCAGGACUUCAAAGAUCUGCCGUAUCGCGCUUGUUUACAGAAACUGAGCAGCCAAGGACGCUUGACUCCUGAAGGACAUUUCACCCAUCCAUUCGCCUUUACAUCCGUUUACAACCAAGAAAUGCCCUUCACGAAUUUCACGCCGGAAUUUAAUGGAGUCAUUGACUAUGUGUUCGUCAGUAAGGACUUCCAUACGCUCAGCGUACUGGGCGCCAUUGAGAACACGUGGAUAGAUGAGAACAAGCCGGUCGGAUUUCCGUGUCAUCAAGUGCCAUCCGAUCAUUUGCCCCUCGUGUGCGAAGUGGAAUUACGCAUGUAAUCUACUCGAGUCAGCUGGACAUUCGGCCGUUUCCGGUUACGACAUCAGACGUUUAUGACCGUCACUGUGUUCAACCUCGUGCGCCUUUGAAUAGGAGAACUGCAGAAAACAAUUGGCCUUCUGUGCAUUAUAUGGAUUGUUUAAGCCUUUACGGGAAUGCGGAUAUAUUGUUAUGCAUUACAGCGAGUUCAGCACGGUGUCAAUAAUUCCUACGUUUUUUUGCCUGUGGCUUUUUUUGUUGAUGGAUUGUCUAUACAAUGUCCCGGUUUUUUAUGCAGACUAUGGUGGCGGGAUUUUUAAAACUUCAUUUUGUAAAGCUAUCUUUUGGGGUGGUUUUGAUAGCGUACAAUCGUGCUGAUGCAGCCGAUGUGCAAUACUUAAUAAGGGCUUUGUUAUAAUAAUUUUGUAUCUUUUAGCACACAGCGUUGGGAAUGUUGGGCCUUAUGGUGGUUGUGGUAUCUUUCAUGAAAUUUGGUGCAAGCUGUAAUUUUGUUUAUAUUUUAAACGUUUAAAGAUGUCUAAUUUCUGAAUUAAAGAAUAUGCGACU